AUGCAAGUUUUCAAGUACUGGCAUUAUCUGAAUCAAAAUAAAUCGGGUUGUUCUUCUAGACUGCUUCGAACUUGCUUGAACUGUGUGCCAUUUAACGAUGGUUGUUUUUCAUCUUUAGCGAAAUAUCCAACGUUCAGGCUUGUUAGCAGUUGUUAUACCCUUUUUGCUUUUGCGCAAAUGCAGCCUUUUGAAUGUGCUUUGAACAGCUUAAUUUUUUGCCGUAUUCACGAUGUAUUUCAAAUUUCCUUUAGUAGGAUUCAACAUGAAGCCGAAUGCUAA